CCAACAGCUUCUCCUGCCAUCGUUGAACAUAAUCCUUACUGAAGUGCGUCGUUCAGCCUUGCAGAGAUGCAGAUAGCGUCUCAUGGAGCACGGGCGGCAGCCCGCGAUGUCUCCGCCUUCUUCGUUCCCAAAUUACGGACGGCGGCAGCCAGAUCCAUCCAUGUUUCUGCGCACCCAAACUUACUACCUCCCGGCACUUCUACUGGAAACACCGCGCGGCGGAUACUAUCCACAGCCAGACAAAUUGCGUCCCGAUUCUAUGCUCAUCUCACUGCUCCUGGAUUGGGUGUUCAUCGACCGUCGUCAGUUGCUCGAUCUAUCCAUGGAGGAGGACUUCCAGGGCGCAUUCCAUCCAUUCAGCAGCGCAUGUCGCACUCAGUUCGAUACAAUCUAUCUAGGCCUCUGCAGCACUACUUCAUUCCCCGCGGCCCGGUCGUUCCUCGAACCAUUACCCAAGUCGGUCUCGGGACAGCAAGGAACUUUUCCUCAGGCCGUGUUCUCUUUGAGAACUUUGCACAGAACGUACCUGUAACUGGCCGUGCAUUCUGCGAGGUUGACUGGGAGAUCAAAAUGAGGAGGGAAAAGGAGGCAAUGAAAAAGACCAUCAAGCAUGACAAGAAGAAAGCUGGGGGAAAGCUCUCCUUGAAGGCGAAGGAGAACAAGUUUGUCCUGCCUUCCACUCCUGCUUUAGAACCUACUGUUGAAGCUGAGAUCGAGCAUUACUUCCCCGCUCCUCCCAGCAACGGAGUUACGACUUCUCUUCUUAUUCCCCUAGCGCCUACUCCUACUGAGCGCACCCCUCUCCCCCCAGAUACGUCCCCUCAUCAGUCCCUUCUUCCCUUACCGAAGUUGUCGUCUAUCCAUACCUCUCACGAACUACAUUCGCUGCGAGUUUCGUCCUUAUUCGCCCGACUCGACGUGGCCAAUGUCUGGGAGCGGGGCGUACAAUGCUCUGCGUAUGCCAACCGCGCCGACGCCAAUGGCGUCUGCACUAUUCUCAAAGUCGAGUUCGUCGGCUGGACUAAAGCCGAAGUGAGGAGCGUCAUAGGGGAAAGCGGAAGCGGUUGGUGCGUAUUAGAGGAACUCCGAACGAUACCAGAAGAGGACGAGGAUGAUGCUUUCUCUGAUACCUCUUCCGUUUUCUCCGGCAUAUCAGGAGAGUGUGAGGAUCAGAUGGAGGGGCCGCUUCAAUUCGAGGAGCCAACCGGAUCGUUCAUUCUCCCGACUGUCGACUUCUCCUCCUCGUUCAUCACUAGCCGAGCCCCUUCUGACUUUGACAUGUUCUCUGAUGUGGAUUCGGACAUCGAUAUGGAGUCUUUAUCCGACGUAUCAGCUAGUGUUCGUGUUGACCCUCUCUCCACCAAUGGAUGGUAUCUUUUCAGUUCGGAUUUUUCUCGACGGGCGAAUGAUCGUGGAUAUCAACCCAUGGAAACCCGACACUAGAUUAUCGAUUGAUAUGUCGGGGGAGAUGGUAUGAGUUCAAUCACGAUAACUGCGCAUCCAUGACUGCCUCGACUGAAUUUAUUUACGAGACAAGGCAUCCUCUUAUGUAGUAGAAUGCGUUCACAAUCAUUUAUCUCCGUUUCUUCUUUCUGUAUUGUAUCCUGUUAAAGAAAUGCAUCAAUGUCCAUGACUAUGUCUAUUACGUCGACGUAGAGUUCGUGUUUCUCGGCCAGUUAGAAGGGGGGUGCGGAGUUCUCAUUGCUGUACAGGGUACAGGUCCUAUGACAGACGUCUG